AUGUGGUUCACCUGCUGAGUCCGUGUUUCCUGUCUCUUUGGGUAAUCAACUGUCCCUCGAACCUCGGAUCUCAACCCUAAACAGGCUUGCGCCUCUCAAGCAUCUCGGAACUGGCAUGCUCGACGAACCAAUUGCGUUGGCCUGAGAUCGUCCCUCGCAUGCGCGUACUUUUGCGGAGGACUGACCUGAUUCUUUACUUAGAAUAUUGUCGCUCAGCAUUUCAAUUUACAAAGCACAUCCGCCUGCAGCCCAUUCAAGAUGUCUAUUCCUAACGUUGCCCUGCAAAAGUUGCUUCAAGAAGUCGAGACGCAGGCAAUACUCUCGCAGCAGAAAAUCACCCAGACCCAGGCCGAACUCAGUACCAAACGACGCGAUGCACGAUUGAAUCUCCUUACCUCCAACGAGCUCAAAUCGCUAGACAAGGACACAAACGUAUACGAAGGAGUGGGAAAAAUGUUCGUUGCGGUGCCUGUACCGACGCUGAACAAGCGACUGGAGUCCGAGUCGACUACAUUGUCAAAAGACAUAUCGGACUUGGAAAAGAAAUUGCACUACCAAGAGACCACCUACAAGAAUAGCCGGCAACACAUUGAGAAGAUCUUGCAGACUGGAGCUCGGCCCUGAGGAACUCAGUGACUGAACCUCAUUUGCCAGCGCGUUGCACA